AUGGCGGCAUUGUGCAUAAUCGCACUGCUUCUAACCGGCAGCUGCCAUUAUCGAGGCUCCACAGGGGCAGUUGCUGCGGUAACUACUCCACGAACACCUUCGCCAAAGGUUUCGCCAAAGGUUCCGCCGUCUCUCCCCGCGGGGCGCACUCCUGGCGGCGGAAACGGCGCGGCUGGGGGAAGCGCCACGUGGCAGCAGCCCAGCGAUUCGUGGCAGCCUGAGCUGACGCUCCUCGCGAACAACUCGUACGGCGCGCGUUGCCUGGACGGCAGUCGGCUCCCCGCUGCUCCCUCCCGCCUCCCCCAUCUCCGUUUUCCUUCCCCAAAUACCCCACCUUCCCCCAACCGCUCCCCCUCCUCUUCCCCCCGCCCUUUCCGCUCCCCCUCCGUCCCGCCUUCCCCUCCCCCCCCCCCCGCCCCCCUCCGCUCCCCCGCGCCCCCUGCCACCCCCCACAGUCCCCCGGGGUACUACUUCCGCCCAGGAUCGGGGGAGGGCGCGGACGCGUGGCACGUGCACCUGCCCAUGGGCGGAUGGUGCUUCAACCUCAGCAGCUGCGCUGACCGUGCUAAGACCUUCCUGGGUUCGUCACGAGCAGAUUUGCAAGAAGAGAACCCGUAUCGUCAUUCUCGCCACGUUUUCUCUUAUCCGUCCCUCUCUGUGAUCCCUUCCUCCCUCAACCCUUCCUCCCUCAACCCUUCCUCCCUCAACCCUUCCUCCCUCAACCCUUCCUCCCUCAACCCUUCCUGCCUCAACCCUUCCUCCCUCAACCCUUCCUGCCUCAACCCUUCCUCCCUCAACCCUUCCUGCCUCAACCCUUCCUCCCUCAACCCUUCCUGCCUCAACCCUUCCUCCCUCAACCCUUCCUGCCUCAACCCUUCCUGCCUCAACCCUUCCUGCCUCAUCCCUUCCUGCCUCAACCCUUCCUGCCUCAUCCCUUCCUGCCUCAACCCUUCCUGCCUCAACCCUUCCUGCCUCAACCCUUCCUGCCUCAACCCUUCCUGCCUCAACCCUUCCUGCCUCAACCCUUCCUGCCUCAACCCUUCCUCCCUCAACCCUUCCUGCCUCAACCCUUCCUCCCUCAACCCUUCCUGCCUCAACCCUUCCUGCCUCAACCCUUCCUGCCUCAUCCCUUCCUGCCUCAACCCUUCCUGCCUCAUCCCUUCCUGCCUCAACCCUUCCUGCCUCAACCCUUCCUGCCUCAACCCUUCCUGCCUCAACCCUUCCUGCCUCAACCCUUCCUGCCUCAACCCUUCCUGCCUCAACCCUUCCUGCCUCAACCCUUCCUGCCUCAACCCUUCCUGCCUCAACCCUUCCUGCCUCAUCCCUUCCUGCCUCAACCCUUCCUGCCUCAACCCUUCCUGCCUCACCGUUACCAGCUUCACCUUCUUCCUCCCUCGGUGUCUUGCCUCCCAUCAGACCUCCUCACUAAUCGCGGCCUCCAUUCAGCCACCUCCCUGCUGCUAUCAGGAGCAUCAGCGGGAGGGCAAGCCGUCGUCACCUUUUGUGGCCUUCUCGCUAACUCUGUCGCCCACCCCUCUGCUGUCAAGUGCCUGCUGGACUCUGCAUUCUUCACUGCACAUGGUGAAGAAUAUGGCAGAGCUUCACAAGUCUCUGACUCAAAACUCAUCCUCCGUCCCUCCCUUCCCCCGUUCCCCAUUUCCCUCUUCCUCCUUACCGCCAUUUCCCCAUUCCCGUGCAACAGACUCAUUGGAUCGAAACAGCUACCCCUAUUUCCAGCACAUCGUGAAGAAUAUGGCAGAGCUUCACGAAUCUGUGGGCAACCCCAAGUGCGCAAAGGUUGCCACCUCAUCAGAUCAGAUGACGUGUCACCACCGCGAAUUCACCCCAUUGCCCCCCUUCCCACUCCCAACCUUCUACCACCCCCCAGCGCAACCCCCUGCCAUGCGCUGGCGCUGCUUCUUCCCCCAGUACGCACUUGCCUUUGUCACGCGCCGCCCGGUGUUCAUCGUGCAGCCGCUCUUUGACUUCCGAGCUCUCGUGCGCGGUAACCAGCUGCCCGAGGACUACGGGUACGUCCUGAACUGCCUGCGCUCGCUCCUCUCCCUCCCCGUCCUCUCGAAGAAAGAGAAGAAUCUGGGGAUGUCUCGCCAAGCUUUUGAUGUAGCAGCGGUUGCUGAGGGGGGGAGUGAGGAGAGAUUGUUGCAGGGUUGGAAGGAGAUUGAGGAAGAUGGAUACACUACGUACUCCUUAUGGGCGGGAAAAGAUGCACGAGAAGCAUCUGUAUCGGCAGCAAGUGAGGCAGCAUUGGAGAAGGCGUCUGUGACAAGAGGGGUGGUGCUAGCUGGGGUGAAUGCAACUGAAGGGCCCACCUCAUUCUGCAGGCCGGGGGAGUUGGUGGCGAUUUUGACAGUGGCGAAUAACGUUGCGAACUUCACAAAGAUGCUUAGACGAAAAAGCUUCGGCACAUUCUUACCUGUGGAAUAUGAGCAUGCAGUCAUCACGUCUGAACUUUGGACGAACAGUGGUUUUUAUGGGGUCACGAUGAGGGAUGCUGUUGCUAAUUGGUACUUCUCAUAA